AUGGCGCGCGCGAUGUGGCGAGGAGGAAGUUCAGAGGAUCAAUUGGCGGUCAUGUUUGGCGACACAUUUCUUCAGGCGAUGCUCGUUCAAGCGUUUCGGCGGUCGAUUGUUAUAGUUGGUGAAGGUCCUUUAGCAGCUAACGACGGUGGGUGGAUGAGACGGUCGGUGAUUCAAAUUAAGAACUGUUUGUUUCCUGGUUUAAGCAAUCAAAGAGACUCCAUGUUAGGUGAUGACCAGAAACUUGGUUGUUCUUCCCAAGAACAGCCACUCUGUUCUGGGAAUUUGAUGAUGUUCAUGAAGAAUCAGGACCCUUCUUGCAGAGAUUAUUCAGAGGUUUUUUCUGGGGUUUCUUCAAACUAUGUUGAAUCUGUGGGAGAUAGAAGUAAUGGUGAAAUGAUUUUCAUUCCACCAGUAGUAGGAAUUUUAGAUGAUCCAAGUUUUCAAUGUCAGGGUGUUUCACUUAGCCUUUCCACACACUCACCCUCUGUUGUUUCUAUGUCUUCAUUUCCUCACCAAUAUCAGAACCCUGCUAUGGCUUCUUCAUUCAUCAAUGCAUCUUCUUCGAUCUUCGAGAAGAGGCCGAAUCCGAAACCUUAUAAUGGUAUGCAUAUAGUGGCGGGAUCUGGGAAUUCGACGUUGAAUUUGGUAUACGUCGAAGCUGCUCAGCAGGUGCUCGACGAAAUGGUUAGCAUCCGGGAAGCUUUGAAAGAGCUGAAGUCUAGGAAACUCAAAGGUUCCAGUGGUUUGGGUGUUGAUUUCUGUAGAGAAAAUGAUGGGGGAUGUAAUGAUAUGAAUGGGGAGAUAUGUUCUGGUUCGAGGGAAUCGUUGAUCGCAAAUUCGUCGGGUGAUUUAUCGCCUACCGAACGACAGGAUUUGAAGAACAAAAACUCAAAGCUUUUGUCCUUGUUGGGUGAGGUGGAUCGAAGGUACAAGCAAUAUUACGAACAUCUGCAAUUGUUGUCGUCGUCUUUCGACACUGUAGCAGGCCGGGGGGCUGCAGAGUUCUACACUGCGCUUGCACACCAGACUAUUUCGUGUCACUUUCGACGCUUGCAAGAUGCAAUCAAUGCACAGAUUGAGGUUACCAGGAGAACAUUGGGGGAGCAAGAUGCUUCCCAUUUUGUUCAAGAAGGCAUUCCCCGUCUCCGCUUUGUCGACCAGCACCUCAGGCAACAGAGGGCACUUCAACAGCUCGGUGUCACGCCACAUAGUUGGAGACCUCAACGAGGGCUUCCCGAAAGCUCCGUGUCGAUUCUUCGCGCUUGGCUGUUCGAACACUUCCUCCAUCCAUAUCCCAAGGAUUCAGAGAAGCUUAAGCUAUCAAGACAAACUGGCCUGACCAGAAACCAAGUUGCAAACUGGUUUAUAAACGCGCGUGUUCGGCUAUGGAAACCAAUGGUCGAGGAGAUGUACAAAGAAGAAUUCGGAGACUCAAACAUGGACAUCAAAUCCUCACCAGAAAAUGCAUCCAAAGCCUCAUGGAACAAUUCACUAUUCUCCGAAGAUAGAGGAGGGGACGAGUUACACGAGUUGCACGAGCAAGUCCUCUACCGCUCGUGUUCUACCAACGACAUGAUCAAGUCGACUAACUUCUCAAUCGGAGGAGACGUUUCACUUGCGCUGGAGUUGAAGCAUUGUGAAGGUGAUGAAUUUGGGAUGUUUGGGAGUAGUACCAACAGAAUGGUUGGUUCAGUGGAGCUUGAGUCACAAGAUUUGCCAUGUUUGGAACCAGAAAGGCAUCAUCAAUGCAGGCUCACCAGUUCAACUAUGUUGCAUGAUUUUGUAGUUUGAAACUCUGCUCUUGUUCAUGACAGAAGAUAAAAUUUAAAUAUACAUGUAUAUAAGGGUAUAUGGUGCAAAUUUAUAGUUUAAGAAGUGUAAUUUGUUGGAAAAUUGGGGAUAUAAUUGCAAAUAAGUGUAAUUUGUUUGUAGUUUUCCAAACAAAUAAGGGGUUGUAAUGCAAUUCUUGAAACUAAUUGUAAUUUUUGAAUUCUCAUCGAGUUUAAA